AUGGUAUCUUGGUCUGCAAUCGACUACGCUACUGGUUUCCUUCUAAAUGACAACUUCGAGCUGUCGGAACGCAUAGUUCGAAAUAUUCUCCCACGUCAGUUCCAGGAUCUGUCGCGCAAAAUGGCGAUACUCAAAGCCUGGUUAAAGUACGGCACGAUUGGCCAGUUUGAGAGUAUCGGCGAUGAAAGUGAAAAUGCUUGUGCGCGUCAUUUGAUUUAG